AUGAGCGAUUUUAAUACACAGCCACACGAAGCCACCACUAAUGAUCCAAAUGGGCCAAAGAAGUCUAUUUACGAGGAACAUCCAACAACCCUCUCUCAUCCGUCUAGAGAGCCUCACAUUCCAUCCAAGGAAAAAGUCGAGGAAAUGGGCAAGCCAUUGUCACGCGAGGAGCUCAACAAGCGUAUCGACGAAUUGAACAAGUGA